AUGGCGUCAGCCGAGUUCUUAGAGCAAGCACUGUCCACAGACGUUGACGAGAACGCAGUAAACGCGAUUGUUGGUACACUUGAAAAUCAACUGGUGACGUCCGUACCGUCGGUAUCGUCACAGAACAAUAUUGUAAAUGUUAUCCCAACUAAUAAUAAUAACACUUCUUGUCCAAGUUCUAUUAUUGGACAUAAAAUAUAUAACAAGGACCGCAGUGAUGGUGAAAUAGAUGGUGCUAACUUUCAAUCAUCUGUUCCAAGUGCGUCAUUCAAUGCGCCAACCACGUUUUCAACACAAAGAAAUCUGAAUCAAAUGUUAUCCAGCAAUGCGGAUUCUCUCAGUUCUGAAUAUAAUCAAAACCAAAUAGACAGUCGUACAAUUGCCCAUUCUAUAGCCAACGGCACAGUAAGUUUUCCUGCGUCUCAAGCGCAGGUAAUACACAGUGUUCAAGGCGGAAGUAUCCCUCAAUCAGUAACCAAAACAAUAACAAUGCAACCUCCAUUAGUUAUAAAACAAGGUACCACGACUGGUCAAGUCAACAUGCAGACUGGAAUGAUGACUGUGCCCAUGACUGUAAAUUCUAGCAUGCCAAAUUCUAUUCCAAAUGUUAUGACCAUAAAUAAGCCAGGAACACAAAAUGUGGUUGUUACUACUCAGAAUAUGGGGACAGCACAACCUGCUAUCAUUCCUAAUGUUCAAAUACUCAACACGCGGCCUGGGGCGCCUGCUGUAGCAGCGCAGAAAUCGGUUGCCACAGUAUCGCCUAGAGUUGUUAUUGGAACCCCGCAAGUGGUUGGUGCAAGAGCAGCAGUACCUGGUAUAACGCUGCAAACACUCCAAAGUCUUCAACAGGGGCAGCAGGGUCAUUUGUUGUUAAAGACAGAGAAUGGUCAAUACCAGCUGUUGCGGGUCGGUCCGGCGCCCGCCGCCAACACACUAACGGCGCCCCAGCCACAGACCCUCCGGCUGUCGACUGUGCCGGCACAUCCGGGUGUCGUGACGGUGUCCACAAGCGUCGCUGUGCCGACUCAGAUAGGGCAGAUGCCAUCGGGUCCAGUGGCAACGCCGGUGGCUGUAUCGUCAGUUUCGACUGUUCAAGCGUCUGCGCCUGUGCCACAGCCGCCCCUCGUUACUACACAGAAACCACUAGACAACACGAAGGAGAAGUGCCGGAACUUCCUGGCUAACUUACUGGAUCUGUCCAGCAAGGAGCCGAAAUCGGUGGAGAGGAACGUGAGGAACCUGAUCCAGGAGCUGAUCGAUGCUCAGGUGGAACCGGAGGAGUUCUGCGAUAGGCUGGAAAGGCUGUUGAACGCGAGUCCUCAGCCGUGUCUUAUUGGGUUCUUGAAGAAAAGUCUGCCUCUGUUGCGCCAAUCAAUGUGCACCAAGGAGUUAGUGAUAGAGGGGAUCAACCCUCCGUCCCCGCACAUCGCGUUCUCGUCGAUACCGCCGCCAGCGUCGCCGGCGCAGCCCCAGCCGGUGGUGGCCACCACCAACAUGCAAAUGCUUGACGACGAAGAGGGUGGUACCCCCACACUCACGACGCUCCAGCCCCCGCCCGCGAUGUGCCUGGCGGGGCCGCCGUCGCCGAAACUAAACCUAGUGCCCGUACAGCCGCUGACGCAGCCGAAGCCAGCAACUAAACCGGGUAGCUCGAUAGCUGUGUUGCAAAAUAUCCCACUGCACACGAAGAUCAAUGUAACUAAGGUCGGCAAGACAAUGACAGUGAACAGUAAAGCCAAUUUCACGAGGCCGGGCGGGCCCUCUGCAGCGCUGUCCACCGUCCUCACUGGGAAGUCGGUACUGAAGGACAAAGAGAAGAAGUCGACGUUACAGUUCACUCAGCCGUUUGGUGACGACAAGAUGACGGGUGACGAUGACAUCAAUGACGUAGCCGCUAUGGGCGGUGUCAACUUGGCUGAGGAGACGCAGAGGAUCCUCGGCUCUACGGAGUUGAUUGGGACACAGAUCAGGUCCUGCAAGGACGAAUACCUGGUGCCCAUGGGUCUGAUGCAGAGUCGCGUCAAGGCGAUCGCCAGCAAGCACGGGCUGGAUGAGCCCAACCCUGAGUUGGCCGGGCUCAUCAGCCACGCGGUGCACGAGAGACUCAAGAGCACAGUGGAGAAGUUGGCGGUGAUCGCUCAGCAUAGAAGCGAUCUGCUCAUCAAGACGGACUCCCGCUACGAAGUGACGCAGGAUGUGAAGGGCCAGCUCAAAUUCCUCGAGGAGCUGGACCGCGUGGACAGGAAGCGGCGCGAGGACUCGGAGCGCGAGAUACUGCUGCGCGCGGCCAAGUCGCGCUCCAAGAACGAGGACCCGGAGCAGGCGAAGCUGAAGGCUAAGGCCAAGGAGAUGCAGCGUGCUGAACUCGAGGAGCUGAGGCAGCGUGAGGCCAACCUGACGGCUCUGCAAGCCAUCGGGCCGAGGAAGAAGGCGAGGAUCGACGGCCAGGGUGCCUCCGACAAUACCGUCUCUGGAGGUGGCAGCGUCACCGGCUAUCCCGGUCGCAGUCAGCUCGCGCUGCGCACGCGGCUAAAGCGCAUCAACCUUCGUGACAUGAUCUUCCUUCUGGAACAAGAGAAAGACACUGCACACUCCACCAUCCUGUUUAGGAGCUAUCUUAAAUAAAUCAUUUGUUAAUAAAUAUAUGUUUGUAAAUACCAAUCUGGAUAUGUAUAUAACCUUUUUAUUCAAUAAUUUCAACUUCGCUAUGCAAGCAUCUCAAUAUACUGGAAUUGGUGUUGAUUUGUUUGAAAUGGCCUGUACAAUCCAGUUCUGUGUGGAAGAGAUUGUUUGAUGACUCGGAACUGUGUAAAUAUGUAAAUUUUGAUUUUAGUAAUAUUUUUUUUUAUGUUGUUCUUAAUAUUAAUCUCGUAUUCGUUUGUAAAAAUAUUAUUCAGUAUGUAUAAAAAUGCAAAUAAAUAUUGUUUUUAACGUUAAGAUUAUUGAAUAGCUUUAUUUUAUUUUUUAUUAAUUUAAAUGUAACUUGAUAUGAUAUGACUUAUUCUCUAUUGAUGAGAUUGUCUGCAUGAAACAAUCGGCACUAAAUGUAAAAAUUGUAUAAAUAUUAAAUUAUAUUUUAUGUGGAACGUAACUAUAAUUGUGUUUUUGUCACUUACAUCAUAGCUUAAUAGACACCAUUUCUAAAACAAAUGUAGGGCCAAUACGUUUUACUUAAUUCCACACGCGCCUGUCUUUGUUUUUAUUUUGACCACUUACCAAAUAGUAUCUACUAGGUUCGUAUCAACACAAUCAAACAUCAAGUGUUCAUCAAACAAAAACUGAUGUCAUCAUAUCAUAAAUUAUCAUAUGUCAUCAUACAUUGACACUGCUAAUUCCGGAUACGCUAAUUACACCGCACUCCUGUGCACCUCUGUGUGUUGACUCAAAUGUUUCUUUAUAGAAAUAACUAGCUGCACCCGGCAAACGCUGUUCUGCCUUACUCUUAUCAUUUAGGGGUAUGAAAAAUAGAUGUUGGCCGAUUCUCAUAGAUACCGGAUAAGCACAAAAAAUUUCAUCAAAAUCGGUCAAGCCGUUUCGGAGGAGUAUGGCAACGAAAACUGUGACACGAGAAUUUUAUAUUAGAUGACACAAGGUGUCUACAAGGCUAUGAUGUCGUUAGAUUUUUAUAUUUUUUUUUUUCGUUAAAAAAUAAUAAUUUUAAAGGUGUCUAUAGCAUGUGCAAAAAAACAAAUGAAUAUUGUAACGGCAUAGAGGUUUAUAAGCUAAUUAUGUAAUACGAAUGCCACUACGGAAUGUCCUAUAUAUCCACAUUUUCUUCGCAUGGUCACAACUAGAUAUAAGCAGUAUUAUAUUCUCACAGCUCAGACGGAAAAGGACAUUGCAUGAGCAGUCCUUCACUGGUCUACUUUUCCAAGUGUUUGUAUAUCGUAGAAAAUAUUACAGUAAUUUACAAUAUUUAAACAAUUUACUAUGUUUAUUAAAAUGUAUAACGAAAUUUCUAAAAUAAUAUUUACAUAAUCAAGAAUAUUACUUACUCUGCAAUUAAUAUGUAAAAUUAAAAAGAAAAAGUGAACUAAUAUGCGUAUAUCUGUAUCUAGGAAUUAUUUUAUGUAAUACUAGCCGCUCGUCCCGGUUCCGCCCGGAUUGUCGUAGUGUUUGUAGCUUUUAAGAAUUUCAACAGAGACUAAAAAUAAUCUAAGCGGGGACUAAGGGACGUAACGUGAUUUGUAGGGAACGACAUGCGUGUCCAUACAAAAUGUAUGCAUGAAAACGAGAGGCCAAAAGCGGUAUUUGUGGUUGAGGCCGGUAUCUGUUCAGCCUUUUUUAGGUUAUAAGUAGUUUAACUAUCACGAUCUGUUUAUAAAUGUAACGAUAGUUAAAUUAAUAGAUAAUUAGAAAUUUUAAAAAUAUUUCAUAUAUCAAAUAUUGCAUCAAAAUAAUAGCGAUAAUUUUCUGUCCGAAUCUUAAACCAUCACAUUUUCAACCGACUUCGAAAAAGGAGAAGCUUAUCAAUUCGACUGUAUUUUAUGUUUGUCCUGUUUGUUACCUUCACUCUUACAUCUUUUUAUAUUUAAGGCUGCUCCCUACCAUGUGGUCCCAUUUGAACUUAGUUUUGACAAUUUGAGAUGGUUAAGAUUUUUUAAAUUAUUAUGUAAUUUGACAAAUAUUAAUUAUUAAUAUUAAUGUGAAUGUUUAUAAUCUUAAUGUUGUUUAAGAUUGUAUGUCGCGGUAAGAUUGUAAAAAUCGCCAGACUAUAAUCUAAUGCGCGAGAUUGCUGUCAAACAGUGUUAACAAUUUCAUGGCGUAUUUACAUAUUCGUCUUCGCUGUUCGGCGCGUUGCUCGACCCUUGUAUUCCACGAAACAUCAAAUAUGAGUGUUGACGCGAAACACUCUUCGCACAUUUGUCCUCCCUUAAGGGGAAUAGCGAGUAAACUGCGCCAUUAUUUGUAAUAGUGAUUUCGACGAGAUAUAUUUUUGACUCAGUUCAUAUAGUGCUUUUUUAUGAAAAUAUUUCAUAUUGCUAAGAUAUAAAUAAUAAGUAAAGCUAUUAUCCAAUCUGUAAUUUUUUAUAUGUUCUAUAUAACUGUUUAAGGCUUUAGGUACAUAUUAUGAUUCCAUUUGUUAAUGAUUUUGUCUGUCUGUAGAUAUUGAAUAAAGUUGUGUAGAUUUUUUA